AUGGCUUCCUGGAAGUCCACAGGCACCUAUGUCGACGAGGUUCCCCCACCUGGGGCAAACAUCGUCAGUGGCAUGUGGAUUUUCAGGGUGAAGCGGCCGCCGGGUUGUCCGCCUGUCUUCAAGGCGCGUUACGUGGCUCGAGGCUUCAGUCAGCGGCAGGGAGUUGACUGCUUUCAGACCUUCUCUCCCACCCCGAAGAUGACCACUCUUCGGGUGCUGCUGCACAUAGCCGCUCAGCGCGACUACGAGCUUCACUCUCUUGACUUCAGCACAACUUUCUUGCAGGGCAGCCUGCACGAGGAGAUCUGGCUGCGCCGCCCACCUGGCUUCACUGGGUCGUUUCCUCUUGGUACCCAGUGGAGCCUCCGGCAGCCAGUCUACGGUCUCCGCCAGGCGCCCCGUGAGUGGCACGACACACUGAGGACUACACUUGCGGCUCUUGGGUUUGCUCCUUCUACAGCCGACCCGUCGCUGUUUCUGCGCACCGACACCUCUUUCCCGCCUUUCUACAUCCUCGUGUACGUUGACGACUUGGUCUUCGCCACUGCUGACACUGCUGGACUCGCCCACGUGAAGUCCGAGCUGAAGAAGAGACACACGUGCACAGACUUGGGUGAACUGCGCAGCUACCUUGGCUUGCAGAUCACCCAAGACAGAGCACAGCGCACCAUUACCCUGACUCAGUCACACAUGGUGCAGCAGGUCCUUCAGCGCUUCGACUUCACGUACUCCUCGCCUCAGGCCACUCCUCUGUCUACUCGCCACUCGCUCUCAGCUCUGCCUUCGGAUGAGUCCGUAGAGCCGAGUGGCCCGUACCCAGAGCUUGUUGGCUGCCUCAUGUACCUGAUGACCUGCACACGACCUGACCUUGCAUACCCUCUUAGCAUCUUGGCACGCUAUGUUGCUCCUGGGAGACACCGACCAGAGCACAUGGCUGCAGCGAAGAGGGUGUUGCGCUACUUGUGCAGUACGUCGGGCAUGGGGCUAGUGCUUGGAGGGCGACGUCAAGUGGUCCUCACAGGUCACGCAGACGCUUCUUGGGCUGACGACCAGGCUACGCAGCAGUCGUCACAGGGUUACACCUUCAGCCUUGGCUCCGGCUCUGAGCUACGCUGGCUCACCUACUUGCUGACUGACCUAGGAGAGCCGCCUCGUUCUCCUCUAGAUCUGUACGUAGACAACAAGGCCAUGCUGGCCUUGUGUCGGGAGCACAGACUGGAGUACGGAACGAAGCACAUUGCUCUCCGCUACUUCCUUGCCCAUGAGCUGCAGCAGCGUGGUCAGCUGCGCCUUGCUUACGUGGCCUCUGAGGCCAACACUGCUGAUAUCUUUACCAAGGCACUUCCGCUUGGUGAUCAUCAGCGCUUCUGUACUAUGCUAGGUCUUGUGCCUACUUGGCCUCACUUGCUCACUUCUUGA